GAGCCACCGUGAGUGAAGUUUGAACAUUCAGAAUUUUAGAAGGCCCCCUCUUUGCUUCUGUCGCUCUCUGCUUUCUUCUUCGCUUCGCUCCUCCAAACGAUGGAGUUGAUCACCCUCAUUUGCCCUAAUUCUUCAUCUGUGUGGCAAGGAAAUGGAUUUUCCGAGUGUUUCAGUAACAUAAUUUUUGGUUUCGGGGUGAAUUUCGUGACCUUGGUCCUGGUUGCUGCACUUGGGGUUACCACAAGAAAUGCCAGAGGAAGUGGGAGGAUGUACCUUUCAGAGAAGGUUUUCUUGCAUUUUCUACCUGCUCUUGAAGCCUGCAUGUCAUUCUUUGACAUGGUUUUUCUUGCUCAAAGAGUUCUUCAUGGAGAUAUUGUUAUGUAUGAUGAGUGGUUGUUCAGAUGUUCUCAGUUCUUGGUUUGGAUGAUCAUCCUAGUCUCCUCAAAGAAAGAUUCCUGGUGCAUGAUAUUUUGCAACCGGUUCUUGUGUUUCUGGUGGAUUGCAAAAUCACUCUUGGGGCUUCCUCAUCUGCAAAUAACUUUUUCUUCACUGCAGGGCUUAAGAUGCUUUGAAGAGAGCUGUGUUGUUUUUCUGGAUAUCAUAUUUGGGAUAUUUGUUAACAUCAAUAGAAUAAAGCGCUCAUCUUUUGAACGCCAGUAUUGUUCAAUGGAUAAUCCGCUUCUCUCCAUUGAUACGAGCCUUGAGGAAGGUACUUUAGGAGACUCUUUAAAGGGAAAGACUCAGAGCUAUUGGCAUCUUUUGACAUUCAAAGCAAUCACUUCUGUAAUGAACCACGGUGUUGUAAAGCAGCUUGACUUUGAAGAUUUGCUUCAGCUACCUAUUGAUAUGGAUCCUUCUUCUUGUCAUGCCACUUUGCUGAGUUGUUGGCAUGCUCAACAGAGACAUAAUUGCUCUAAUCCAUCCUUGUUUAGAGCAAUUUGUUGUGCAUAUGGGUGGCCAUAUUUUCGACUAGGUCUAUUGAAGGUGGUUAAUGAUUGUAUUGGUUUUGUGGGGCCGGUACUUCUCAAUAAUCUGAUUCGGUUUCUUCAACAAGGGAAUGAUGUUGAGGAGAUGAAAAUGAUCAAGUUAAAACUUGCCAAAGAAUUCAAGAUCAAAGACUCAAGCAGUUUGAGGUGUUUCCUUGGCAUUGAGGUGGCAAGAUCAAAGAAAGGUUCUGGGAAUUUGGACGGCUAUAUUCUUGCAGUAGCAAUGGGCCUUAUACCUAUAUUCAAAUCAUUUCUUGAUACACAGUACACAUUUCAUCUUUCCAAGCUAAAGUUAAAGCUGAGAUCUAGUAUUAUGACUGUUAUAUAUCACAAGUGCUUAUGUGUUAACCUGGCUGAGCGAUCAAAGUUUUCUGAAGGGGAAAUUCAGACAUUCAUGUCUGUAGAUGCUGAUCGAAUUGUCAACUUGUGUAAUAGUUUCCAUGAUAUGUGGAGCUUGCCUUUACAAAUUGGACUAGCACUAUACUUGUUGUAUACACAAGUCAAAUUUGCUUUUGUUUCUGGGAUCGCAAUAACUAUCUUGUUAAUACCAGUGAACAAAUGGAUCUCCAAAUUCAUUGCCAGGGCCACUGAAAAAAUGAUGAAGAAAAAGGAUGAGAGGAUUAGUAAGACAGCAGAAAUUUUGGCGUACAUUCGCACUUUGAAGAUGUAUGGCUGGGAGCUUCUUUUCAUGAGUUGGUUGAUGGAGAUAAGAUCUUCAGAAGUGAAACACUUAUCUACACGGAAGUAUUUAGAUGCCUGGUGUGUAUUCUUUUGGGCAACAACACCAACUCUUUUCUCUUUGUUCACAUUCGGCCUCUUUACAUUGAUGGGAUAUCAGCUUGAUGCUGCAAUGGUCUUUACUUGUCUUGCUUUGUUUAAUACUUUGAUCUCUCCUCUAAAUUCAUUCCCAUGGGUGAUCAACGGAUUGAUUGAUGCCAUUAUAUCUACAAGGCGGUUGAGCAGGUUCCUGUCCUGCUCUGAGCAUAAACCUGCUGAACUGGAACAAACAGCUGGUUCUCCUUCAUCACCUUCCUUCAGUGGUCAGUUUAAUUUUAAAUUAGAAGAUAUGGCUGUUGCCAUGUAUGAUGCAUCUUGUGCUUGGUCAAGCAGUGAAGAAGUGGAAAAAGAUUUGGUCUUGCAUCAUGUGACUCUAGGCCUUCCAAGGGGUUCUUUGGUUGCAAUAAUUGGAGAGGUUGGUUCGGGUAAGUCAUCCUUGUUAAAUUCAAUUCUGAAAGAAAUGAGGCUCAUCCAUGGAUCAAUAUAUUCGGAUGGAUCUAUAACAUAUGUACCACAGGUACCAUGGAUUCUAUCAGGGACAAUACGUGAGAAUAUCUUGUUUGGAAAAGCGUAUGAUCCUACAAGGUACUCAGAUGUAUUAGAGGCAUGUGCACUGGACAUUGAUAUCUCACUAAUGGUUGGAGGUGACAUGGCUUAUAUUGGAGAUAAAGGAGUCAACUUAUCAGGCGGACAGAGAGCUCGACUUGCUCUGGCACGGGCUAUUUAUCAUGGAUCUGAUAUAUUUAUGCUCGAUGAUGUCCUGAGUGCUGUUGAUACACAAGUUGCCAGGUGCAUUCUACAUAAUGCAAUCCUGGGGCCUCUUAUGAACCAGCAUACACGUGUUCUUUGUACACAUAAUAUUCAGGCAAUGUCUUCUGCUGAUAUGAUUGUGGUGAUGGACAAAGGACACGUGAAGUGGGUGGGGAGUUCAACUGACUUUUCUGUUUCUUCAUAUUCUACAUUCUGUUCUCUGAAUGAAUUUACUGUAUCUCAAGUUCGAAGCCUAGAAUGCAGCACUAAUACUUCAACUGAAACAAAACAAGAUUGUAAACCUGAGAGGGAUUCUAUAUGUGUUCCUGGGGAAGCACAAGAGAUCAUUGAGGUUGAGCUGAGGAAAGAGGGCAGAGUUGAACUUACAGUAUACAAAAGUUAUGCCACAUAUUCUGGUUGGUUUAUUACAGUUGUAAUAUGUCUGUCAGCAAUUUUAAUGCAAGCUUCACGUAAUGGAAAUGAUCUGUGGCUGUCAUAUUGGGUUGAUACAACAACAGGAAGUAGCCAUACAGAGUACUCCACAUCUUUUUAUCUGGUUGUACUCUGCAUCUUCUGUGUCAUAAAUUCAUUUCUAACUUUGGUGCGGGCAUUCUCAUUUGCUUUUGGAGGCUUACGUGCUGCAGUUCAGGUGCACAAUACGCUACUUAGUAAGCUUAUCAAUGCACCAGUGCAUUUCUUUGAUAAGACACCAGGUGGAAGAAUACUCAACAGGAUGUCUUCAGAUCUUUAUACAAUCGAUGAUUCCCUUCCAUUCAUUCUCAACAUUCUCCUGGCUAAUAUUGUUGGCCUUUUGGGGAUUGCAAUAGUGUUGUCAUAUGUUCAGGUCGUUUUCUUGCUUCUACUCCUGCCAUUUUGGUAUGUCUACAGUAAAAUACAGUUUUACUACAGGUCAACAUCACGGGAACUUCGACGGUUAGACAGUGUUUCUCGUUCUCCCAUUUUUGCAUCAUUUACAGAAACACUAGAUGGAUCAUCAACUAUAAGGGCAUUUAAGUGUGAGGACUUAUUCUUCACCAGAUUUUCUGAGCAUGUGGCAUUGUAUCAGCAAACUUCUUACUCAGAGUUAAUAGCGAGUUUGUGGCUUUCCCUUCGCCUUCAGUUGUUAGCAGCAUUGGUCAUCUCAUUUGUUGCCAUGAUGGCUGUUAUUGGAUCUCGUGAUAGUUUACCCAUUAGUUUGGGCACCCCAGGGCUUGUAGGCUUGGCUCUCUCUUAUGCAGCUCCAAUUGUGUCUUUGUUGGGAAGUUUCUUAACAAGUUUCACUGAAACAGAAAAGGAAAUGGUUUCUGUUGAAAGAGUUCUUCAGUAUAUGGACAUUCCUCAAGAAGAACUCAAUGGAUGCCAAUCUUUAAGUCCAAAUUGGCCAUCUGAAGGAUAUAUCAUGUUUCAGAAUGUAUCCCUGAGAUAUUUGCCUUCUUUGCCAGAUGCACUUCAUGAUAUUACUUUCACCAUUUCUGGAGGAACACAGGUUGGAAUCAUUGGGAGAACAGGUGCUGGAAAAUCUAGUAUAUUGAAUGCCCUUUUUCGCCUCACCCCAAUAUGUAAAGGAUGUAUUUUGGUGGAUGGAUUAGACAUAGCUGAUGUUCCUGUUAGAGAUCUCCGCUCACAUUUUGCAGUUGUUCCCCAGAGUCCAUUUUUAUUUGAAGGAUCUUUAAGGGAUAACCUAGAUCCAUUCCGGGUUAGUGAUGACUUAAAAAUUUGGAAGACUCUAGAAAGAUGUCAUGUCAAGGAGGAAGUAGAAGUAGCUGGAGGGCUGGAUAUUCAUGUUAAGGAAUCUGGUACGUCAUUUUCUGUUGGGCAGCGGCAGCUUCUUUGUCUUGCACGGGCACUGCUCAAGUCUUCUAAGGUAUUGUGUCUGGAUGAAUGCACGGCCAACAUAGAUGCUCAAACAUCUUCAGUACUACAGAAUGCCAUACUUACUGAAUGCAGAGGCAUGACAGUGAUCACAAUUGCUCACCGGAUUUCCACAGUUUUAAGCAUGGAUAAUAUCUUGAUUCUUGAUCGAGGCAUCCUGGUUGAACAAGGAAACCCGCAGGUUCUUCUACAAGAUCACUCCUCCAGAUUUUCAGGUUUUGCUAAAGCUUCCACAAUGUGAGACCAGAUGAACAAAAUAAAAUUCUGAGAUCAUGUGAUGUAGCAAAGACAAAUUUCUAGGCUAACCUACACUCAAAACAUGGAAGGGUUUGAGACAAACCUGAUGUUCCUGGAGUAUCUAACUAAGGCCAUCAGGUCAAGCACUAGUGCUCAUCUGAAAGAAUUUUAGCUUGAGAAAGCAUGUUGUAUUUUGGGCUGGGAUCUUAGAAGGAUCUGAUUCUGAUUAGAGAUUAUGACCUGAAACUAGUUGUAACUUGUUUCUAAAUUGGUGUUUGACCAAAAGUAUCGGAUGUCUCUAGUAUGAACAAUGGAUUAGGUUGGAUUAUUUCUUCUGUUUCAUACUCUAAAGCUUUUAUUUAA